AUGGAAGAGGUGACUCGAGGAGCCUCUAAGGAUGUCUCUGGGAUGCUUUGCAAAGGAAGUGGGGGCUGGGGUACUUCUUUCACGAGUCGCACUCGGGUUUGGUGUGGAGCGUCCCAGGGAGCGCAGAACUGCCGCCAGGAAGAUCCUUCAGUAGGGAUCGAGGUGUCAGGAAACAGCCGGCAGCUGUUCCAGGGAAACGCAAGGAAGAGUGGUGUGAAAACCAUGCUUUUCCACGGGAUCUCCGGAGGCCAUAUCCAAGGAAUCAUGGAGGAGAUGGAGAGGCGAUCCAAGACCGAGUCCCGCCUGGCCAAAGUGGGACAGAUGAACGGCCGAGAAACGAACAUGCCCCCAAUGAGCCCCGAGAAGCCUGCUUUGUGUGCUGGUUGUGGAGGGAAGAUCUCAGACAGAUAUUACCUGCUGGCUGUUGACAAACAAUGGCACCUCAGGUGUCUUAAAUGCUGUGAAUGUAAACUGGCUUUGGAGUCAGAACUCACCUGCUUUGCCAAGGACGGCAGUAUUUACUGCAAGGAGGAUUACUACAGAAGGUUCUCCGUGCAGAGAUGUGCCCGCUGCCACCUUGGGAUCUCAGCCUCUGAAAUGGUCAUGAGAGCCAGGGAGUCGGUUUAUCACCUGAGCUGCUUCACCUGCACCACCUGCAACAAGACUCUGACCACAGGAGAUCACUUUGGCAUGAAGGACAACCUGGUUUACUGCAGGGCCCACUUUGAAUCCCUUUUGCAAGGAGAAUAUACUCCUCAGCUGAGCUACACUGAGCUGGCUGCCAAGAGCGGAGGGCUGGCUCUGCCUUACUUCAACGGCACUGGCACGGUCCAGAAGGGGAGGCCCAGGAAACGAAAAAGCCCUGCCUUGGGAGUGGACAUCGUCAACUACAACUCAGGUUGUAAUGAGAAUGAGGCAGAUCACCUGGACAGAGACCAGCAGCCUUAUCCCCCAUCCCAGAAGACAAAGCGUAUGCGCACCUCCUUCAAACACCACCAGCUUCGUACUAUGAAGUCCUACUUUGCUAUCAACCACAACCCAGAUGCCAAGGACCUCAAGCAGCUUGCCCAGAAAACAGGCCUGACCAAGAGAGUUCUGCAGGUUUGGUUUCAAAACGCAAGAGCCAAAUUCAGAAGGAACCUUUUGCGGCAGGAGAAUGGGGGUGUCGAUAAAGCUGAUGGCACCUCACUACCGGCACCGCCCUCAGCAGACAGCGGCGCACUCACUCCACCCGGCACUGCGACCACUUUAACAGACCUGACCAAUCCCACUAUCACUGUAGUGACAUCAGUGACCUCUAACUUGGACAGCCACGAAUCCGGGAGCCCCUCACAAACUACCUUAACGAACCUUUUCUAA